CAUAACCUGUACGUUUUAAGAAAUAUAUAUACUAGGUAUUCCUUGAUUAGUAGCUAAGUUUGUAACUAGACAUACUAGUUACUAACAUUUGAUUUAUAAAGUUUAUUAAACAGGGAACACUAUGCCGAGGAAAAGAAGAGAUGACAAAACGUUUGAAAGCUCGCAGAUGGGAAAUGGGGAAGAUACGAAAAAAGUUAAACUUGUCGACAACGGCGGUGUUGGAACUUACGCUCAAAAGCUCAAAAGGAAAAGAGAUCAGGUUCAGAAAGGGAAACAAGUAGAAGAGGUCUUGAAUCACAUUAGUAAUGAAGUUAAUGAACCUGAUGUAGCUUUAAGACUGAAGUCCAGGACAUCACCGUACACAAUCAGAGCAGAGACACCAUCCUAUUUGAAGAGCCACAACCUAGCUAUCCAACUACAUGGUUAUUCUAUGGGAGUGCCAAGGAGAAACCUUUAUAAAUGUGCCACUCAUUGUGUAAUAGAAAUGUUGUCAGACAUGCAGAUCUCCACCAUGACCAGUCCUUUCAACCGCAGAGUGACUGCAAUGGAGUGGCAUCCCACUAACCCAGACCUGGUGGUUGUAGGGUCCAAAGGAGGGGACAUUAUAUGGUGGGACACUCACAAUGUUAAGAACCAAAAGUUCAUUCAAGGGAUGGGAGCAGGAGGGAUUAUUAAUGCCAUCAAAUUUUGGCCCCACGAUUACAGCAAGAUUCUCACUGCAGCUGUCGAUGGCACAGUGACUUUGAAUGACUUAGAGGGCAAGAAUACUCAGAUUUUGGCAGACACCCUUAACGCACAUGAAUUUUGGUACUGCAGUGUGGACAUACACCCAGUAAGAAAGUUCAUUGCUGCAGGAGACAAUGUGGGAAAACUUCAGUUCUUGACCUAUGAUGGCAAAAAGACUUUUGAAAAUCGCCUCCACAAAAACAAGAUCACCCACUGUGAAUUUUCACCAUUGGAAGAGUGGAUGAUGUGUACAGCCUCCACCGACCAAACAGUUCAGAUCUGGGACAUCCGAAUGAUCAAAGAUCGUAAAAGUUCGCUCUACAAACUCAUGCAUGAUAAACCAGUCAACUCGGCUCAUUUUAGUCGCACCAAUGGUUGUCGGCUGUUAACGACAGAUCAGAAUAAUCAAGUGCGAGUGUACCUGGCUCCAGAGUGGCAUCUGGAGAAGACCAUUUUACAUCCUCAUCGCUUCUUUCAGCACAUUACUCCCAUAAAGGCAACAUGGCACCCUUUACUAGACUUAGCUGUUGUUGGAAGAUACCCUGACCCAAAUUUUACUGGUUACCAUGAAAACGAACUACGCACCAUUGACAUCAUAGAUGUUGAUACAGAAAAAAUAGUUACAAGACUUCAUGAUCCAUCAGCUCCUGGCCUCGUCUGUGUCAAUAAAUUCAAUGUAAAUGGAGACACUUUACUUUCUGGAAUGGGCGUUAACUUGUUAUUGUGGAAGAGAAAGGAAGUGGCUGCAAAGAUUCAAGAGUCACUCAUGUCAAAAAUUAGUGGGAAAAAUUUGGAUCAGGGUUCAGGUGGUCAAACAAGGUCGGGAAGGUCGAAUCAGUCGAAGAGAGCCAAUGAAAAACUGAGAAAAAUGAAUGAAAGUAAAGAAACCAAACAAAAGAAAGCAAAACUUCAGCUCAAAGUGAAGGAAGAAAAUCGUAAAGGAAAAAAGUGAGAACUGUACUAAGUUUCCAAAAUAUCAAACCGUGUUCUGAAAAACUGAAGGCUGUGAAAAUUAGGACCAAGAUAUGUAUUAGGAAAACAAUAUUGCAUUUCAAGGAACAAAUUUCCUAUUGUUUCGAAACAGAAGGCUGCAAAAUAUGUAAAUUGCAACCGCAUUGUAUUUCAAGGAACAAGGUUUCUUUUGAUUGUCCAAGUUACACAUAAUUGAAUUUUAUUUUUGUAGAGGACAGAUAUAUGUAGUAGAGAAUGGUAUGUAAUGUAGAUAUUGUGUUUUGGUUUUUAUGUGCCCGUCUUUAGAAGGGGCAUAUUAUGUUAUGGCACUGUCUGGCUGAGGUCAUGCUUUCCAGACUCCCUCAAGAAGUGUAAGAAUGAGUUUGCUUUUCAGCUAAAUUGAUGCACCUUGACCUACUUUAUGGCUGACUGAAAGUAGGUUACUACUUAAUGGCUGAAAGUAAGUUAAACAGUUUUCCGGACUUUUUUUCAUUACGGAUACAGAUAUUGCCCUGAAAUUUAGUCUCAAGCUUCCUAUCGGAGGAAUAUAAGUUCAGUUUGUACUUUAGCUGGAUCGGUCUGUCUGUCUGUGACCUACUUAAGGGCUAAAUGUACAUGUAGAUCAAACAGUUUUCCAGGUUUUUUUUCAUUGUGGAUACAGGUAUUGCCCUGAAAAUUUGUCGCAACCUCCCUCUCAGAGAAAUGGAUAAUCAGGUCUUAUUUCAGCUUGAUUGGUGCACCAUGACCUAAUUUAGAACUAAAAGUAGGUCAAAAAGUUUCUUGGACUUCUUCUCAUCAUAGAUACAGAUAUUGCAACCUCCCUCUCAGAGAAAUACAUAAUCAGUUCACAUGUCAGAUAGAUUGAUACACCAUAAUCUACUUUAAGGCUUGUCUAUUUCAGAAUGUGUGUGAUAUCAAUUCAGAGUGCAUAAUGUGCAGGUUUAAUUUCACUGUCUGACGGGCUUAUGUUUUACCGUUUGCAGUACUGUUGUUACUAACCUUGAAUGAUGUUCAACAGAAAUAUGUGAUCAAAAUUCAUUUCAAGAGGUGUAUAUUUUUCAUAGAGAUAUUUCAUUCCAUUGGAUUUUGUUUACAGGUACAAUCAAUUGUACCAUAGUUGGUACAUGUCAUUUCUAUGUAUUGACCAGUUCAACAUUACUGGAGUCUAUCAAGUUUACAAGAAUUGUGUAGAAAGUGUAAAUCCUUUUAGCAGAUCAUAGCAUUUGUUGAUUUAUUGGAGGACAUAGAUUUUACAUAGAAUUUUCUGUUUUUAUACUGUUUUUUAUGAGAUAUUACACUGGUGCUUUGUAGAAUCCUUUGUAUCAUGGCAUUUCUUCAUUUCAGGAAAAAGAUAUACAUGUGUAUUUUAAUUUGUUAGUUUCAUGAUCAACAGUUACUAGUAUAUUGAAUAUAGAUUGCUGUACUCUUA